AUGGUCAAGCGAAGCAAGCUCCUCCAGGCUCUCGACGCCCACAAGGGCCGGGACUUUGACGCUGAGAAGCAGAAGAAAAUGAUCAAGACCGCCGAGAAGAAGAAGGCCAGCAAGAAGUCCGCUGCUGCUCCCGAGGAUAAGCCUGCCGUGGAGGAAGAGAAGAAGGAAGAGGAGCCUGUCAGCUCCGAGGCCGAAGAAGAAGAAGAAGAAGCCGACGAGGACGAGGAAAUGGAUGACGGUGAAGAGGAGGAAGAGGAAGAAGACAUUCCCCUUUCCGACCUCGAGGAAGACGAGCGCGAGGAUGUCGUCCCCCACCAACGCCUGACAAUCAACAACUCCGCCGCUAUCAACGCCGCCCUCAAGCGCAUUUCCUUCAUUGGCACCCAGACCCCAUUCUCAGAGCACAACUCGCUAGUCUCGAAAGAGCCGAUCGAGAUCGAAGACCCCAAUGACGACCUGAACCGUGAGCUGGCUUUCUACAAGGUCUGCCAGGCUGCCGCUACCGAUGCCCGUGGCCUGCUGAAGAAGGAGGGUAUUCCCUUCACCCGUCCGGGUGACUACUUCGCGGAGAUGGUCAAGAACGACGAGCACAUGGGCCUGAUCAAGAAGAAGCUCUACGAGGAGGCCGCUGGCAAGAAGGCUGCCGCCGAGGCGCGCCGCCAGCGCGAUCUCAAGAAGUUCGGCAAGCAGGUCCAGAAUGCCAAGCUGCAGCAGAGACACAAGGAGAAGCGCGAGAUGUUGGAGAAGAUCAACACUCUGAAGAAGAAGCGCAAGGCUGACAGCUCUGCCCCUACCGAUGACGCCAAGGACAUGUUCGACAUUGCCGUUGAAGAAGCCAGCCAGCCUGAGAAGCGUAGUCGUGAAGGUGGCGGUAAGCGUCAGAAGAAGGACGCUAAGUUUGGAUUCGGAGGCAAGAAGCGCCAUUCCAAGAGUGGUGACGCUGCGUCCAGUGGUGAUCUGAGCAACUUCUCUGCUAAGAAGAUGAAGGGUGGCUCAAAGCGCCCCGGUAAGAGCAAGAGAACUGCGGCCAAGGGACGCAACUAA